GGGCCCUCGCCGCCGCCGGCCGCGAACGUGAUGCAUGCGGGGACCUAGCGACUGCACGCGCGCGGGCCUCAUGGGCACCGUGCUGAGCUUCAGCCCGCGCGAGCGGCGCCCGCCCGCCGGCGCGCCGCCGCCCGACCGAGCCGCACUCGCCUACUCCUACGAGCGUCUCAACAACGCCAAAAACCGCGAGAAUCGUGACGCGCCGCGCGACGAGCGACGCGCCACACUCGACGACGCCGCCAAAAUUAUCUCAGAGAAAACGGCACUCGAGAAGAAUCUCAAGAAACAUUCGCUGUUCAUCAACGCGCUCUCCUGGAAGAGGUUUUCGACCGCCAACAACAACAAAAAGAAGCUGGAAUGCAAAAGCAAGAGUGUGGCGACGUUCCGUGCGCCGCUCACGGACAACGCGCCGCUCGACCGCAACAAGAAUGUGAGCGUGCCGGGCGUGCCGAGCGUGGGGGGCGUGGGGGGCGUAGGCGGUGGGUACACGCGGCCGGCGCCCGUGCCGGCGCCGCUGCCGCCGCCCGCCGAGGUGGCCCGCACCAACGCGCUCAACAACAACGUGUGCUACGGGGACAAGUUGCCGGCCGCCACCGUGGGCCCGGUGGUCGCGCCGCGGAAGACCGUUAUCCAGGCAUCCACGUCGGAGCUGCUCAAAUGUUUGGGCAUGUUCCUGCACGCGCGGUGCCAUCGGCUGCGCGACUUCCAAGCGGGUGAUGCGGUCAUGUGGCUGCGGACCGUCGACAGAUCGCUGCUGCUGCAGGGCUGGCAGGAUGUGGCGUUCAUUAACCCCGCGAACGUGGUGUUCGUGUAUAUGCUGGUGCGCGAGCUGGUAGACGGCGAGCGGAUAGCGCGUCCGCAGGAGCUGCAGGCCGUGGUGCUCACAUGCCUCUAUCUUUCCUACUCCUACAUGGGCAACGAGAUCUCCUACCCGCUCAAACCCUUCCUCGUCGAAGACUCUAAAGAUAAGUUCUGGGACCGUUGCCUGCUCAUCGUCGACCGGCUCUCGUUCAACAUGCUCAGGAUCAACUCGGAGCCUGGUUUCUUCACUGAAGUGUUCACGGAGCUGAAGGCGUGCGGCGCGGUGGACAGCCCCCCUCCCCCGGCGCCGGCACACCCCGCGCCCGCGCCCCCUCAUGCCCUCACCGCUGCCUGACAUACGGAGGUUGCCGUCCUCAGGUUGGCAUUGACUGACCGCCCUAGUCGUGUCUGAUGUCAGCUUUUCAUGUGCGAAGGUCUUGAUCAAACGUUUUUGGAGUAAUGUCUGUGUAUAGAUUGGUUUCGGAGCCUGGUGUGCUGGGAGCUCAGCGAGCUGGAAUGAUUAAUUGUGAAGGAGGCUGCAAGCUAUUUAUGAUUUGUUGAAUAUUUGUUGUUAUUCGUAGUGUUUGAAUAUUAUGUAUGCGCAAUUAUGGUUGUUUAAACUUGUGUUAUAGUAACGGCGAAGGAUUAAUAAAAGUGGAUUGAAUGUUGUUACUAAGCUUUAAGAUUCUUCCGAUAAGAUGCGUGCCGAUUUAAAUAACUAUCUAAGUAUUAAAUAAAAAAAUGAUUUACAUUCCCACGUUUGCAUUCCAAUAGAUAAUCAGAAUAUAAGUUUAAUUAGCAAAGGAGAGUAGAAUGAAGUGUUUGCUCAAGGAAAUUUCAUCGUAUUGGAAAUCAAAGAAGUCGAUUGACCAAGACGCUCGCACAUACCAUAGUGGGAAGAGAAAGCGGUAGAAUACUGUACGAAAACGUCAUUCGGGUACGUGUGAAUGUGAUAAAUCUAGUCAAAAAUAAUCGAAAAAAUGUCGAAUGCAUCAGUAGAAGCUUUCCGACCGCGAUGAAGUCCACGUACUGUAUGUAACUAUGCAAUCCGACGCGCUACCUCUCGCCAAGUGAACGUUGGUCAAGUGUACCGUGGCGCGUUACCCACGUUAAAUAAUUUAUGCUGCACUUUAAUAUAUGUUUGUAUUAAGUAUUUGUCUGGUACUCUCGAGCCGCGGGACGUCGCCGUAGCGGCCCUUAGUCCAAUAGAACAGCUGUAAGUUAGUGUGUUAAGAGUUUCGUAAAUGUAGUGAAAUGAUCGUAUUGCCGUAUAUUUAGUGAUUUAAAUCAAAUGGGGUUGCUGAUACUGCUUGGUUCACGUUCAGAAAGCAAAUUAUUACCUCUUUGAGAAUUAUCUAGCAUACGAAUUGUCCAGUUAGACGCAUAAGAGAAAAUAAGUACAAUAAUAGAUGCCAUAUGAAUAUUAACGGCGAAGUGGUUUGUCACUGUCUACGCUGUGAAGACAAAAACGUUCCGGCUAUAAAGGUAUAUGCGUCUAGAUACAUCAUAAGACAAUGCGACAUAUUAGACAUAUUCAUGAGGAAACAGAGCGGUAAAUGCAAUCCCAUUAUUAUUUGAAUCACAUACGUAGUUAGAUGAUACUAGUGAAAUGUCUGGCAGGCGGGAGGAUGCAAUAAACCGACAACUAUAUGGGAAAAUAUUCCGGUAAACCCUUCUAUGAAGUGUACGUAUUAUAUGGCCGGCUUAAAGCGCGGGAUGACUUGUUUGAUAUAAUAUAAUGAAAUAUAUUAACAAAUAGGUCAAAUUUUGCGAAUGAAUAAGCGUUUUGUACAGUAAUAUCGAAUAACAUAAGUCUUAAACGUUAGUAUAGUUUAGACAAUGGAGGGAGGCACUCGGUUGGUGAUUAUUCUUCCACGACGCGCUUCGAAUAUAGAAAUGCGAAACGACGUCGUGCGAUUUAUUUCUUCUGCAUAGGUUUGCUGUUGUGGUUGAUGAAGUUGUCUAGUUUAAAGGAUUGCGUUUCUUAGUCAUCAUAACAUUCAGAUUUGCGCAUAAAAUAAAAUGAUAUCACUUCAGAUAGAUCAUGGUUUUAAAGACAUUUCAAGUUAGAGGCAAAGAUAAUAGAAUCAUUCAUUUUAGUUAUCAGUUAUGAUAAUUUUAAAAUACGAGAUUUAGAAGCCGCGUGCCGCACCGAGUGCCGUAGAUAAGUUAAAAUUGUUUAGUCGAGUGAAUUUCACGAGAUGGAGUGUACGUAGGUAUUUAUUAUAAAAAUAUAAAAAAAAGGAAUCUCAUAAAUAUGUUCCAAGUCAUUAAUAUUAGGUGAAAGUAGACGUCUGUGAUGUUAUUUGAAUCUUAUGUUUCGUUCAUGAUGGAUAGUUUCGUUAUUUUUUUUACUUUAUCACUAUUUGUUGUUAUUAUUGUAUUUAUUACUGUAAUAUAUGGUUAUUGGUGGUGUCAUUUAUUUUUUCCGUGUUAUUUUGGUAAGCAUGGUAGGUAUUUUAUCCGUCUUCUUAAUGUACGAAGUAGUUAAUGGAUGUUUCUUAAUUGAAAUGACCAUGUUGUUGCGAUUUUAAGUCCAUUUAAGGGUCCGUAGCCAUUAAGGAUAUUUAAAACUUCUAUAUUUUGGAAAA